AUGGCAAUCGAUAACCGCGCUCGACUUACUGUUGGGGAUCAUGUGUAUUGCUUUGAUAGAUGUGGAGUAAGCAUGAUUAUUUAUAGCUUGACAACUCGAGUUUGGAAACAGCUCGAGGUUGGAUGCUCCUCGUGGUGUCGCUUGGUGGAGCAUGAAGGAAAGAACAUGAAAGUUGAGCAGAAAGAGCCUAAUGCUCGUAGUGUUAAAAUCUAUAGGUAUAAUGACACUGCCCUUCGUUGGGAUCGUUUAAAUGACAAUGACGUGAAGGACAUAAGCUGGUUCUUCCUGCGUGUGCAUGCUAGCUAUUCUGUGAAAGGGGAGGGCUCGAAAGGUUAUUUCCUUCAAGCAAAAAGAACUGGGAAAUUCAGAAUGACUGGGGCACUUUAUGGCUAUCAAAUUGAGGUUUAUAAUCUAAAAGACGGCAGCAAAGAGAUUCUUUCUCAGGAUGUCUACCUGCCAUUCUGCAGAGUGGGUAGAUAUGGGAUGAUUACGAGGAUUUGUUAUUGCUCUGAAGUCAGGCAUGACGUUUUUGACUGA